UCAAGCCAAUUCAACGCAACGAUGAACAGAGAGAAAGAGGUGUAUGUUGCAUGCGAUCUGAGUGACGGCUUUCAACUUGUCACCAGUGGUACGACUAGUGCAUGCGUUUGGGUCUCCACCAACAUGACAAACUACUUUUUUGCUAGAAACUCAUGCAGAGGGAAAUCAGCUUAUCUGUACACAGUGAAAACGAUUGGAAAGCUGGAGAUUCUUCAGAAGAACUAUGACAGCACAAGCCUCUGGGUGGGUCUGAAUGACAUCGAUGUUGAAAACGUUUUCAGAUGGGAGGAUGAUAACACUAUUUGUGACAGCACAUGUAGGGGGCAAGUGUUUGCUCAAGGUGAACCUAAUAAUGAAUACGACGAAGAAGACUGCGUACACUAUUACAACUCAUAUAGACCGUCUCCAUUUUUAAAUGAUAAGAAUUGUUUUACUAACCUAGCUUAUAUUUGUGAAAAACCUUUAUUUAACAUGUAUUGAACACAAAAUAUUUAUAUAUUUAUGUUAUACGUAAGCACUAGAAGGAUGACUGUAAAGAAACUACUAAUUAUUAGUUCACUUUCUUAUGAAUACAUUAUUAAUAUUAUUGUGUCAAACUAGACUGUUUAAUACUUAUGCUACUAAUACCUAAACUACACGUCCGGCUUAAAAGUGGACGACCUGUACUCUCCUGCGCUCUAAGGCGUCUACUAUUGAUGUACUGGCACCGUGCUAUUUGUAGUACUUCCACGUUGGUCAUAUAUCUUACCUCCUCACUGUGAUAAUUGAAGUGUAGAAUGAGUACUAGUCCGUUUUAUUUGUAUUUUGUUUUAUUUUUAUCUAUGCCUGCUUUUGUAUUGUUUGUAAGUAGUUCCCCCUUUCAGACUUUGCAAUCUAUAGGGCAUAUGAUAAUGAGUGUCACGUGGCCAGCACAACGACCAACCGCCUUUACUUUCCCCAACUUAAGUCAGGUACCAUCAGAGUUGGGUGGACACAGGGGCGCCCAAAAAAUCCUGAAAUUCAAAAUCCCAGUCUUCACUGAGUUUCGAACCCAGAAUCCCAGGUUUCGGAAGCCAAGCGCGUAAUCACUCAGCCACUGCGCCUUGUGUGGCAUUAGUGCCAUGUGGAAAAUCAGAAGAUCUAUUUAAAUUGUUUUAAAGGUUAAAAAUUUAACCCGCGGGCCAUAUAUGACCAUUGACUCAACUUUCUCUGGCCCCACGGAACUGCAGUCCAACAGUAUAUAAUGCAACGUAAGAGGCUCAGUUCGGUUGGACGCGACAACUUUUUCCCCAUAAUGCACAAGGUGACAAGACCUAUUUGGUCUCUUGGCCGGAAAAGAUUUGGUCUUAAUGACUCGCACAAGGAAGAUUGUUGAAUUUCUAGAUUUUUAUUUUUUACUAUAAAUGAACGUCUGAAAAAAUGCAGAGGCGUAGCUAGGGUGGGGGGAAGGAGGGGGAGAAUUUGAAAAUCCCCCCUGGGCCUCAAAUGAGUGUUUUUUUUUCAUUGAAUAUUAAAUAUUACGAAAAAAAUGCAGGGGCUCCCAAAGAGGUCAAGCCCCUCUCCCUGGCCUCCAAAUGAUGGCGAAUUCCUAACUACGCCACUUGUGUAACGGAAAUAAAAGUCUAAGUAACGCUACAUGAAGUAUUACUGAAGUUCAUUCCUAAAUGUCAUUAGUGAUUUUCUUUAAAAAUAUACUUUAAUAAAACUUUUAAACAUUUGCAAAUCCCCUAUUCUACUAGUUGACCAAAUAUGAAUGUACAUUUCAUUUGCACUGCUGUGAUGUUUCUUAGGAGUCAUAAACUAUGAUAAAAACUAGUCAAUAAUAAAGAUACUAUUAUUAUUAA